AGUCGGCGUUAGAGUGGAAACUGUGAGCAGCGAUGUAUUUGAAAUGCUUCAUAGCUAUAUUUGCGUGUAUUUCUGUGUUUAAAUUUUGUAUAUGCAGCGAUCUGUACAGUGAUAGAGUAAAAAAAUACGAUUCUGAAACUUUUAAACAGAACGUUGGAGGAGGAGUUCCUCAUUUUGUAAACUUUUUUGCGCCUUGGUGUGGAUACUGUAAACGACUGAAGCCAGUAUGGGAUGAAUUAGCUGAAAAGUAUAAUGUUAAUUCUCCAAAUCAGAAAAUUGUUAUUGCUAAGGUGGAUUGUACAGUAGAAACUCCUUUGUGUGCUUUAGAAGGAAUCUCAGGAUAUCCAUCGCUGAUUUUUUAUGAUGCUGGUGAACUGAAAGGUACUAAAUACCAAGGGAAGAGAGAUUUAUUAGGUCUUGAACAGUUUAUCAAUGAAAACCUUAGAGGAACAACAAAAAAAGAAGCUGUUCCUCCGAUAAGCUCAAAUAUUAAGUAUGAAAAUGGAGCUGUAGAGCUUACUGAUGAGAAUUUUCAUAGUACCAUUGAUUGGGGAAUGCAUUUUGUAAAAUUUUAUGCACCAUGGUGUGGGCAUUGUCAAAAAAUGGCUCAUGCAUGGGAAGAACUUGCACAAAAUUCUCAGCAUGACAAAUCUGUAAUGAUAUCUAAGGUAGACUGCACUGUAAAUAGGAAAUCUUGUGAAGAAUUUGAAGUUAAAGGAUAUCCUACCUUACUUUGGAUAGUAAAUGGCAAAAAGAUGGAAAAAUACCAAGGAGCAAGAAAUUUAGUGGCUUUUAAGCAGUUCAUAACAGAUAUGAAAGCAGCUCAUAAAGCUAUGCUUGAAAAUGAAGAGGGUAAAAUACCAGAAGCAAAAGAUAAUGAGCCUAACAUGGUCGUGAAGCUUACAAAUGACAAUUUUAAAAAUGCUGUGACUAAAGAUUUCAGUUUUGUAAAAUUUUACAUUCCAUGGUGUGGGCAUUCACAGAGAUUAGCUCCUAUUUGGAAUGAAUUAGCUAUAAAAUUUGCAGCUCAUCCAAAAGCAAAAAUAGCUGAAGUUGAUUGUAGUAAAGACGAAAUACUAUGCAAUGAAUACAAGAUUGUUGGCUAUCCAUCCCUCUUACUUUUUCAUAAUGGACAGCGAAUUACUGAAUAUAAUGGCCCUAGAAAACUGGAACAAUUGCACAGCUUUAUACUGGAUUAUUUACUGCAUGACGAACUUUAAGUAAAAUAUAUGUCUCAGGAAAAGUAUUUUCUCUUACUUUUAAAUGGUAUUUGAAUGAAUAUAUGAUGGAAAGGUACUGUAAAAUACCAAGUGCAAUUUUUAUGAACUUCCAUGCUGAUAGCUGCUGAAAACUAUAUUUGAGAGAUUUUUAUAUCAAGUAUUGUUAAGUAUCAAAAGUAUGUAAAUAUGUAAAUUUUCAUUUUCAAAGAAAUAUUAAAAUGAAAAAUAAUGAUCCACAUGUAAUUCUGAGAUACUGUACUGAAAUUGAUGUAAAUUUUGUACUGUUGUCGUAAUGAUAGCUGAAGCAACUGACUGAUUACUUAAUUUAAUAAUUUAAUAAAUUAAUUUAAUUUAAUAAAAGUCCCUUUGAAUAUAAUAAUUUUUAUAUAUGAUAAAGAAACAGUGACUUUUUAAACUUAUAUGUAUGAUAAAGAAAUUGUGACUUUUGUAUUUGUAUUUAUGUUAAAUGUUAUAUUUAAAUUCAGAAUUGAUCAUAUAAUUUGUAAUCAUUCAUUAUCUUUAAAAGAAGUUUAAACAGGUGUCAAAGUCACUGCAAACUUAAGUGCUGUCUUGCGAAACCUAAGACUCCAAGAACUUUAAUAUUUCAUAGGUUUUCAGCUUUUAUUAAAUAUCUUCCUACAAAAUUUAAAGUGUUUAAUUUCUUAUUAAAAUUCAUGUUCAUCUGAA